AUGAAUCCGUUUAGUGCGUUUGUCCAUGAUAUAGGAGAAAAGCACACAGUCGAUGAGGAACAUGGAUUUGUUUCAAUGACUUUAAAAAGUCUUGGGAAUGGACUUGACAACACUAAUCCUUCUGCGAUGAAAGAAUAUAUCAAAAAGAUGUUGGUUAUCUACGAGUUGGGGUAUAACGUUGAGCAGUCUGUAUUUAUGAUCAUUAACACAACACAACACCAAAAUUCUCUUCUCCAAAAAACGGCGUUAGUAGCGUGUUCUGCGAUGAUAUCAACUGAUUCCGAAUUCACCCUUCUUCUGACUAACUCACUCACAAAAUUAUUACUCCCAACAUCGCCACACCCCCUCUUCGCACUUCGAAUUGUCUCGCGAUUCCUAACACCAACGACUAUGCCAGCAUACACCACUUCCAUCAAUUUGUUGCUGAAAUCGAAAGACCAAAAUGUGAGGGCUGCCGCUAUCAGAUCGCUGUAUAAAAUGUAUUUGAUGUCGGACAAAGACGUGCAACCAAUCAUUAAAUCCGCACUAAGUUUUGCACUUGUCGAUUCGUCUGUGCUUGUCGUCGAGUCAUCUGUUCCGAUCAUCACACAAAUAAUGUCGUCGACAAUACCAGAGAAUAGAAUAUGGCCUGGACUGAUCGAUAUCGUUUCAAGAAAUUUACUCAUGUUUUCUUCAUAUGAUGACAUGAAGAAAGUACCUGCCCAGUUGAGAGGGUAUAUUCUGGGGGAUACCUGUGGACCGUUUUUCCAAGUCAAAUUAUUAAAAUUGCUUCGAGUGAUGAACCCAACGAACACAAAUUAUCAACAAACCAUUUUCCAGUUACUCACAAAUUACAGAAAGAUGCAAACGAGAGUUGGAAUAAUGUUGCAAGUCGAGGCGAUUAAAACGGCGAUGUUUUCUAUAGCGACAGACAGACUUGUGAAACUGUCUGCAAACAUCGGAGCGGAUUUGUUUCGAGUGAAUGACUUACUUGUGGUGUAUUGUGGACUUAAUGUGAUGAAAGUGAUCAGUGAGAAAGACCCAACUGUCUGUAGAAAUAAUAUAACGACGAUAUCUGAGUUUGUUAAAAACCCUAAUGAAGUUGUUGCAAUACAAGCAAUUAAAUUACUGAAGAGCGUAGUGUCUUCGGAAGAUGCAGUAAGUGUAGUGUUGAGUCUAUUAGAUAUUGCAAAGAGCUUAAAGAACGACAUUGGGAAGGGAAGUGUGAGGAAUGAAAUAUUGAAAGUAUCGUAUUAUUUGUGUUCACAAUUUACACCAGAUUUUCAGUGGUAUUGCUCCUCCGUUUGCAGGAUUUUGUUGUUGAAUUCAAGUGAUCAAUUUGAAGUCGGCAUUGAUCCAAAAACAGUGCAAACCAUUUACAAAGAGUUUAUCGAUGCGAUGAAGAGUGACAACGACAACUUUGAAAUUGCGUUACAAUGUGUGUAUGAUGGAGUUAAUGUGAAUAAGGAUGAAACGACUCUUUCAUUGUGCCGACUUGCGUGUCGCGUAAUUUCAGAGAGUAAUGAAUGCAAGAACAUCGACAUAGAAGAAUUGAAGAAAACAGUCGAUCAAUGUGCUAAAAUUGGCGCUGUAGAAGAUGCGUUACUAGCGGCACUGCGAUUGGGAUACACCGAAUUUAUCGAGGGAAUGAAAAUGAAAGAGCAACAAGAUGAAAUUGUUGUUGUCAAAGCUAAACCUCAAAACUCGAAUUUACUGAAUUUGAACUUUUUGGACAUACCUGUCGCACAAGAGACUGAAAAAGUUGUGAUCAAAAGAUAUGAAAAUGCUAAGGACUUUCAAGUGGAUGUAAAGUAUAAAUUAUCAAUCAACACACAACAACGAGUUAAUGAAAUAUCCAAGUUAAACGAACUUGGGAUUUCAUAUAAAGAACUUGAAAAUGAUAUCAAUGAAACUGUGGUCGACAAACAAAUACUGAUCAGCCAACCAUUUCAACUUCCGAAAAAGAAAAAAAUCGAAAGCAAUUUGCGGUUCGACGAGUAUCAAAAACCAACGAAUGUAUCCCUCCCAUUUGCACUACAUUCACAAAACUCGGAAGGAGCUACAAGUAACACCGAAGAUACAAUGUCCAAUGAAGUCUAUGAGGCAAAGCAAGAACAACCCCCUCAGUACACAAAUCCUGUCCCUAACACCAAAAGGUGGAACUUCCCCAAAAAGUGA